AUGCUUCGGCUCGUGUCGAAGGCCUUCUCCUUCCUGUGGAGGCGAGCCGAGGGCCUGGAGGAGGAGGCCGAGGCGCAGCCGCAGGAGCUCGAGGAAGGUACCACCAAGCUGAAAACUGUUCAGGGAGUUGUGACCAGAUACUGUAGUGAUUAUGGGAUGAUUGAUGAUCUGGUGUGCUUCACUAGCGAUGUUGUCACCAGCAGCGUGCCACUGAACGUUGGCCAGGAGGUGACCGCCAUCGUGGAAGAGGAUAAGAUAUCCAGUGGAUUGAAGGCUAUCAGAGUUGAAGCUGUCUCUGAUAAAUGGGAGGAUGACAGCAAAAAUUACUGUGAACUUCCAGAUUCCAGUACCAAGAUUUUGAUUGGCUGUAUUACUUCUCUUGUUGAGGAUGCUGGCUACAUCAAUCAGACAACCUACUUCUCCAUGCAGGAUGUUUGUGAAGGUUUUGAGCCUUGUAAAGGUGAUUGGGUACAAGCUGAAUAUUUCAUUAAGCCAGCAACAUGGAACAGUGAGGCAAUUUCUGUGAAGCCACUAAGAUACAAACGAGUAGAUCAGGUUUGCAUUUCCAGUCUGUGUGGAAAAAAUGGGGUGAUUGAUGAUAGCAUCUUCUUCACUCUGGAUUCCCUGAGACUUCCUGAAGGAUAUAAACCCCAGAAGUCUGAUUUGGUCAAUGUGGUGGUGGUGGAGAGUAACCAGUCGUGCUACAUCUGGCGAGCCCUCUGCAUGGCUCCGGUGGAAAGAGAAUCUCAUAUCAUCAGUGAAGUUGAAGUUGAUGAGUCAUGUGGAACCCAACUCUUGAAAAACAAAGGAGGUCUUGAAGUUACAAAAAUGACAAAUUUUGGAACCCUAAAGGAGGGAGAAAGUAAAAAUAUGAUCAUCUGGAUUGAGAAUAAAGGAAAUGUGCCCCAAUGCUUAGUCAGCUGCAGGCUAGCGGGCUGGGAAAAAUCGAAACAGUUUCGAUUUCAGAUGCCUGAUGCAGAUCAAAGUUGCGCAGUAGUAACUUCCAUUUCUUCUGUGCCUGUCAAAGAAAGUUGUUCAGAGGAGGAUACUAGUUCACUGUCUAGCUGUGAUAAAGAGGUAAUCUGCCAGUCAUUGGAGAGCAGUUCUGUGGACUCCAGUGAACGUUCUCUAGAUCAAGUCCUUACUAUCCCAGAUGAGCAGGCAUCUUCAGAAGCACAUGGACAAAAGGAAACGGACACGUUAGAGAAGCUGGGUACAGGAUCUGAGCACAGCGACCAAGUACCAAUCCCUCCAGGCAAAAAGACGUUCAUCGUGAUUGCGUGUGAUGCCAGAAAUCCUGGCCGCUGCAUGGACCUCCUUUUGCUUUGUUUUUCUGAUUUCGUUAUUGGGCGUUACAUUGAAGUUAAUGUAGUAAGUGAAGAAGAAUUACUCAUAGCUGUCACAGAGCCAUUUUCUUGGAAAAAGUCUAAAGCCAUCCUUCCUCUGGCAUCCCCCAAGACAACAGUGGUGGUGACAACACAGAAAAGGAACCUAAGAAGACAGUUGCCAAGUUUCCUCCCACAAUAUCCCAUACCAGAUAGACUAAAAAGAUGCGUGGAACAACAACUAGACAUAUUAACUUUUCAGCCACUGCUUGCGGAGCUGCUGAAUAUGUCCAACUACAAAGAUAAAUUUUCCACUCUGCUGUGGCUGGAGGAAAUUCAUGCAGAACUAGAAAUCAGAGAGUUCUAUAUGAGUGGAGUAAUUUUGAAAAAGAACGGGAAUUGUUUGGUUUUGGAAGUGCCAGGAUUAGCAGAAAGUCGCCCAUCUUUGUAUGCAGGCGACAAAGUGAUUUUAAAAAGCCAGGACUACAAUGAGCAUGUUAUCGAGUACAUUGGCUACGUGACUGAGAUUCAUGAAGAAGACAUAACCCUUAAACUCAAUCCAGAGUUUGAAGAAACUUACAACUUUGAGCCCAUGGACGUCGAGUUUACCUUCAAUCGGACAACCAGCAGAAGAUGUCACUUUGCAGUUGAGCAGGCAAUACACCUGGGUGAAAAAGUAUUAUUUCCAGAAAGUAUCAUUUUACAGUCUCCACAAGUUUCUGGGACUUGGAACUAUUUGCAGGAUACUGCUAAGGAUGAGCAGUCUGCUCCUAAGCAGGGAAGUAAGAAUAAGAAGAAACCAAAGGAGCCAAAGGAACACGCAACAAAGAAGAGAAACGCCAGUUCCAUUCGUGACGUGGUGACGUUUGCCACGCAGACAAUGAAUGGAGUACAGGCCUCGAAAUCAAAAGAAAGAGAAUUUUUCAAUCCAGUUCUAAAUGAAAAGCAGAAACUGGCGGUUAGAAGAAUCUUAAGUGGUGACUGCCGACCAAUCCCAUAUAUUCUUUUUGGACCUCCGGGAACUGGAAAAACAGUUACCAUAAUAGAAGCUGUUUUACAGAUUCAUUCUGCUUUACCGGACAGUCGGAUUCUGGUCUGUGCCCCAUCCAACAGCGCCACUGACCUCAUUUGCAUGCGGCUGCAUGAGAGCAAAGUGCUUGCCCCGGGUGCCAUGGUGAGAGUGAACGCCACCUGCAGAUUUGAGGAGACCAUCAGUGACACUGUACGACUCUAUUGCAAAGACGGGGAAGACGUCUGGAAGGCGUCUCGCUACAGAAUCAUCAUCACCACGUGCAGCAGCUCUGGACUGUUCUACCAGAUUGGAGUGAGAGUCGGACAUUUCACACAUGUUUUUGUGGAUGAAUCAGGACAGGCGAGUGAGCCAGAAUGCCUCAUUCCUCUGGGCUUGGUCUCAGAACUUAAUGGCCAGAUCGUGCUGGCCGGAGACCCCAUGCAACUCGGCCCGGUCAUCAAGUCCAGGCUUGCUCUUGCCUAUGGGUUGAAUAUGUCCAUGUUGGAAAGACUCAUGUCUCGACCCUUGUAUCUCAGAGAUGAAAAUGCCUUCGGCGCCUGUGGAUCCUACAAUCCUUUGUUGGUUACGAAGCUCAUGAAGAACUACAGGUCUCAUUCCACAUUGCUGUCAUUGCCUUCUAAACUCUUUUACUAUAAAGAACUAGAAUUCUGUGCUGAUAUUGAAGUGGUCAACUCCUUGUUGGGUUGGGAAAAAUUACCCAAGAAAGGCUUCCCUCUGAUUUUCCAUGGCAUGAGGGGCAGUGAAACACGCGAAGGAAGAAGUCCUUCCUGGUUCAAUCCAGCCGAAGCAGUUCAGGUCAUGCGCUAUUGCUGCCUCCUCACGAAACACAUCUCCAGCGUCGUGUCGGUGACGGACAUUGGUGUGAUCACCCCCUACAGGAAGCAGGUGGAGAAAAUUAGAGUUCUUCUACGCAGUGUUGAUCUGAUGGAUAUAAAGGUUGGCUCCGUGGAGGAGUUUCAAGGACAAGAAUACUUGGUUAUCAUCAUCUCUACAGUACGAUCAAAUGAAGACAGGUUUGAGGAUGACAGAUUUUUUUUGGGCUUCUUGGCCAACUCAAAGAGAUUUAAUGUUGCCAUCACCAGACCCAAGGCUUUGUUGAUUGUGCUGGGCAAUCCUCAUGUUCUUGUCAAGGAUCCUUGUUUCAGUGCUCUGCUGGAAUACAGUGUAAGCAAUGGGGCCUACAUAGGCUGUGAUUUACCUCCUGAACUACAGUCCCUACAAGGGACUAGAGCCGAGACAGGCCUGUGCACGUUUUCUCCAGUGUCGCUGGGUCCAGGAGCUCCAGCGUGAGACGAAUCAUGAGUGUCUCCACCAGCCCCUGGCACACCGCUGCCGUUCCCCGCUUUGUUCCUGCUUCCCCUCGCCCACCCACCUUCCUACCCGUGUUCAGGCUUUUGGCUGGCACUUUGUAGUUCAAGCAGCUGGCGCGAGGGCAGCCUGAGGACCACUACAGGAGCCUCUUCCUGCCCCGAUCUCCGCUUGGACGCGGGUCACGUCAGAAACGAGCCUUGGAGCUUCUGCUCUGAAACGUGCGCUCUUUUCAGAGUGUCUUGUGUUCGGCCUUCACAA